UGAUGUCACGUGGAAUCGUAAUUGAAUGUGAAUCUCGAAGACUCAGGUUGGAAAAUCUUGGUUGCCAAUGAUAAUUUUCCGUAUCCGCCACACCUCUCUAGGUAGUCGUCCCUCACCAGUCUCAUAAUCUUGCGCAUGUGGACGCCGGACGUCGGACGCCGGGCACUGGGCUUCAAGCCUGUCGAGAUUCCGUAUUUAAUUCAUAUUUAUCAGUGUUCGCUCGGGGCCCCACAGACAGCAAUUGUAACUUUAGUUAAUAACGCGUAACAUUACUCUCCGGUUCUCGUUCGCUAGGAGAUUGCCCUUGGCCUAAUUUUGAUUCCCUUGACUAAACGCCAAACGCCUCUUCAGUGUUAUUCCAUGAAAUUCGACUCUCUAUGGAUCACCCAACUGAUGGCGAUCCGACAUGCCCCUUUUGUCCCUUCUCUGAUGCCGACAGCAAUUUUGUUAUGGAACAUGUGGAAUCUUGCCACCCCGAUAAUGACAUACGAGCUAGUAAUAGAGCGAACCGUCAGUAUGCAGACCAUCAUCUCGUGAUGCAACAUCGGCAACAAUUCUCGUUGCCGGGCUUUCAAGACGGCCAACCCGAUGGGUACAUCGACUGCCCUUGCGGCUGUGGUGAGACGGUUAUGGAAGCGGAGUUGCCGUCUCACCUUGAUCUACACGCUGCGGAAGAAAUCGCCCUUGAGGAGGACUCGACUCGCCCGCCAAAUGAACUGUCAGAGCCUGCUAGAACUACUCACAAACAAUGCAUUGGCACUUCAUCGCUCCCAAAGCUUUCUCUCAAAGGAUCCGAACCACUCACAGUGUCAGCUGGACUGGAGAACUGUGUUCUUACUGGAGGCAUCAAACGACUUGGGCGGUCAGAAUUAGGGCCCCAUGCGAAUGAAAAGCGAAUGCCCGCGUGGUUGCGAAGAGUGCUUGAAAAAGGUCCCAAGCCGAUUUUGACCAACACCCUUUCUUCUAACGGUGCACUUCGAAAGGCGGAAACCUUUGAGAACGAGUUGACGGACGUGAUCUCUGUGCUUGCCCGGUUAUGUGAUCGUGAUAAAUCUGUCCAGCGUGCCUUCUUCUGUAGCUCCAUGGUACACCAAAUCUCAAAAAUUCCUAGGGAAGGCGGCUUCUGUGGCUACAGGAAUAUCCAGAUGCUAAUCACUUAUAUCAAAAACGCUCGAUUACUAGGGUAUGAGUGCUUCUCUGGGGAACUGCCUACAAUCCUUCAGCUCCAGGAUAUGAUUGAGAAUGCAUGGGACAAGGGAUUCAACAGUGUAGGAAGAAUUGAAACUGGUGGCAUUCGGGGGACCAGAAAAUAUAUUGGCACACCUGAGGCUCAAGCGCUGUUUUCAAGUCUCGGAAUACUCUGCGUAGCCAACAGCAUUGGACCCACGGAGAGCAUGCGAGCCCAUGAUGCAUUGUUCAUGAACGUUGCUUCCUAUUUCCGGGACUCACGCAACCUGGAGAGGGAAGACAAGGUCAUUUCUACCGACUUACCACCCAUCUAUUUUCAGCACCAGGGACACUCUAUGACAAUUGUUGGGUUCGAAAUUCGUGAUAAUGGAAGCGCAAACUUAUUGGUUUUCGACCCGAUGUUCAAAGCGCCCCCUGCAAUAAGGCGACUAAAAGACACUCCAGGGUUGAACCCCGACCCUGCCAGGAUUCUCAAAGGAUACAGGCGAGGGACGGCAUACCUACAAAAAUAUACCGCAUUCGAACUUCUCAAACUCCAAGUCACCUGCCAAAUUUAAAGGGUCGCCAUAUACCACGGAGGUCUAUAGAGAUGGUCUCGAAUCUGAGUUGACUGUUCAAUCACAGAUUAUCAAUGGUUUAGCUAGCACGGUCUCACCUUCUCUGAAGCGUAGCUCCGCCCGUAGAGAAUGGGGCAGCAGAGACGGUUGAAUCGCCCUAGCAGUGAUGCGUUACAACCCUGUCGGUUACUUGAAGCAUGACUACCGAAUAUCUCUAAAACCAGAUAGCAUUCUUUCCUAGAUGAUUACAUUAGUCAAGCUGCCGCACAUGGUAGUGUAAUAGGAUGUUUACACCC